GCGCCACUCGGCCGCGAAGAAGAGAUCGACGCUGCAGCGAGGAGGGUGGGGAAAAAAAUUCACCAACUCCUCGUUUUUUAACGACACAAUGGAGCAUAAACGGCAUUAUACGGUUUCAACGCGUGGUUUACUGACUGGAUUUAUGGUUUUAAUUCUUUCGGCCCGGACGCCAACGCUGGCCAUCGACAUCUACACCGAGGCCGAGGUGAUGGUGGAGAACGGGACGGCGUGCGUCCUCCGCUGCACCUUCAAGUCCAACGAGGUGGUCAGCAGCCACAUCACCGUCACCUGGAACUUCCAGUCCAGUCAGCCCGACAACCAGUUCUCCAAGGCGCCGUACGCGAUCUUUUACUUUUACGACGGGAAAGCGGCCCCCUCGCCAAAGGAGUUCAAAGACCGAGUGCAGUUCAUCGGCGACAUCAACAAGAAGGACGUGUCCAUACGACUCAACCCGGCGCAGUUCAGCGACAACGGCACCUACUUCUGCGACGUGAAGAAUCCGCCCGACUUCACCGGCACGCCGGCGCGAACCGAGCUGCGCGUGGUCUCCAGAGGAUCUCUCCCUCGGGGCAACACGGCCGUCAUUGUCGGAGCGGUGUGCGGCGUUUUGGCCCUGCUGCUGCUCAUCCUGGUGGCCGUCUGCAUCGUCAUGAAGGUGCUGCACAGCCGCCACGAUUACGAAGGCUGUAUAAACUUGGAAAACGCGCGCACCCCGCCGCCGCAGCCCAUCAAGAAGAGCGAGCCUAAGCUGGAGGCCCCCACGAGUACCAGCCGUCCGGGCCAAGUGCAGGGCCCGGUGAUAUACGUCCAGUUGGACCACUCAGGCAGCAAAAACUCCUUCCACAAGAUGGAGCCGGUGGUCUACGCCGACAUUCGCAAAAACUGAAACGGACUGGGAAGGGGGGGGGGCGCACGCGCAACGACAGAGUCCCAAACACACACACAGACACUCAAGCAUCAGACCUCUUGCAUCCGCCGCCGCUGCUCCCGGGAACGCUCCCCUCUUUGUACAGCAAGCUUUUUUUUGGGGGGGGGGGGGUCGGGGGGUUUCCACCAUCACGUCCACCUUCCAUCGUCAUUGUUGGGUUGUUUUGAAAUAUUCUCGCAGCCACCAAUUGCCGCCGCAGCCUUUGGACACACCCGACAGAAAUUUCCAAAGGCUCUCGACAUUCCUUCUUCGGCCAACGAGAUUUUCUUUUAGGAGCCCGGACGACAUCGGAUUGACUUUUUUUUUUUUUUUUUUUUAACAGCUUAGAGAUGGUUUUUGUCAUUUCACGUUUCCAUGCCAGGAAAUGCACGUCCAUCAUCGGCGAUGGCAACUCUAUUGGUGACAAUUAUUCCACAAAGUAGGAAAAUCCAAAAGGUGUCAUAUUCAAAAUUUUUGUGCGUGCGAUCCACUAACGGGUGGGCUGGCCCGACGAUUGUCGGUGUUGUCUUUUCUUCCGCACUUCAAACGUUUUGAAAAAAAACUUUAUUUUGAAAAUUCAUAUCUCUACAAGUUUACAUUUUCAUUUGCAUGUGGAAAAAAAAACGAUAAAAAUGUUCUCCUGGUGCUUGCAUGCGAUGACUAAAGUGAUGAUCCUGUAAAAAGAAGAAAAAAAAAGGGCCAAACAUCUUUGCCGUAACCAUGG